CGGAGGCAUCCGAAGCAGUUUGGAACCUUGGAGAUCUGGCCUGGAGUCAGUUUCUUUUCCGUAGGGAGUUGCCGCUCCAGAUGCUGCUGCUGCCCCCGCGGCCACCCCACCCUCGGCCCUCCUCUCCGGAGGCCAUGGACCCACCGUCCCCCAAGGCUCCCCCUUUCCCCAAGACGGAAGGCCCUUCCUCUACUCCUUCCUCCGUGGCGGGGCCCCGACCCCCGCUGCUGGGCCGCCACCUGCUCAUCGACGCCAACGGGGUUCCCUACACGUACACGGUGCCACUGGAGGAGGAGCCCCGGAGCCCACCCCCGCGCGAGGCACCUCCGGUGGAACCCCCCCCUCGCAAGGGCUACAGUUGCCCGGAGUGCGCCCGUGUCUUUGCCAGCCCCCUGCGGCUGCAAAGCCACCGUGUAUCGCACUCGGACCUCAAGCCCUUCACGUGCGGUGCCUGCGGCAAGGCCUUCAAGCGCUCCAGCCACCUGUCCCGGCACCGCGCCACGCACCGUGCCCGCUCGGGCCCACCGCACACGUGCCCGCUGUGCCCGCGCCGCUUCCAGGACGCCUCGGAGCUGGCGCAGCACGUGCGCCUCCACUAAGUCCAGACCUCGGCGUCCGACCCACACAGCGGCACAACCACACACACUCCCUGGCUCUGCUGAAGCUACUGCCUUACCCUGGGCCUCAGUUUCCCUAACCACCCAAAGGGAGAAACGUCAUUCCUUCCUUCAUCCCUUCCCUGUCCCCCUAGCUGUGUGAUGUAGAUCAAGUCGUGCCCUUCCCUGGGUCUGGGAGCCAGUCGCAACUGGGUUCCAGUCCAGCUGUGCUGUGUGAGCCUUUGCAAGUGACUUAACCUCUCUGAGCCCUGGUUUUCUCCGAAGUGGUGAACGGUUAUCCGCGUGGAAGAUUUAACAAGGGCACGGCUCCUUUCUGUAUCGCCCCCUCCCACCCACGCCCCGCACCCUUGACUCAAUAAACAUUCCGCACUUCA